AUGGAUCCAGCCAUUUCUCCUUUCAGCGUACACCGUACCCAGAGACCUCUGAUUAAUAGAGACCCAGAAUACGCCGAAGCCAUGGACAUCGCUCCUUCUUUCGCACGUCACAUUCCUGACGAAAUCAUCCUAAGGGUCCUGAGCUACCUCAUUCCACAACGGGGUGUCACCAUAUCUACCGACUCAGCCGGAGAUUUCGAUCCUCUUACAAUCAAAUCCCUUCUCCAGACCUCCCGCGCCGUUAGGAAUGAGGUCCUCUCCUGCACGAAGGCCUCCACGCUGCAUAUUUACAUCGCCAGCGGCAAGAAUUGCCCGUGCCCUACCUUGACGACACCGGACGAUAUCCUCGACACCAACCUGGGCAAAGCGGCAAAGCUCCCCACGACCAUCUGGGGCGAAAUCAUCGUCACCUUCGCGCCGGGGCUCCAUAGAGAGCUGGGCGAUGCAUGCAUGUUCGUCCAGAGAACUCUGAGAAGAAUAAAAGUGCCCUACUCGAACUUUGCUAGCGGCACCAGAUGCCGGUCUUCCAUCACCUGCGUCCGUCGCCAGUCCACCGCCCUCGCGCGCGCCAUGGGAAACGCCGAUGAUGUGCAAGAGAACGAAAAGAUCCGCUGGAAAUUCGUCUUCGACGGGUCACGCGGGCUCGACGACCGGGACAAACGCCACCGCGCCUCCGUCCACGAUCUCAGCACGAUUGACGCUUGCUUGUACCCCUGGCGGCUGCAGAACACAACUGUGCCCCACGUCACCUUCCCCAAACGCUUCAGGGUAGGCCUCGACAGCUACGGCGGGUUCUUCUAUUUCCGCCUUGUCGACAACGACGGGAACCUCAGGUCUUGGUCCGAGGUAGUCCGUGAACGGUUUGAGGAGGAGUUUUCGGACCGGUGGAACGGCCUCUCGCCAAUGCUGGGGAGGUAUAUUUGGACCCCGGACGCCCUGGAACGUGGUGAGCUGGAGGACGCGAAUCCCACUGCCUACUGGUAUACUUGGCCCUUACGGCUGACGCCGCACACAAUGGAAGAUGUAGAGAUUAGAGGAGGAGUGUUUGACACCGACAAUGACGAGGAGGACUUCCUAAAUUGA